AUGCUAACUGCAUGGAUGAACGAUAACGAUACAAAUAAAUGGUCAGAUGGUUUAUCCUUUGUUCAAUUUGCCAAGAACACUACAUACCACGAACGAAUACGCCAAAGUCUUAAAGAAGCCAUGUUUGGCGUUAAAGCAAAAAGAGGCAUAGCAUCGUCUUUUUUGCCUGGCGAACAAAUCGCAAAUAUUGAAACUGAAGAACAACUAGAAGAAAUUGCUAAUACUUCUGAAACCGAAGAACAGCUUGAAGAAACUGUUAAUGCUUCCAAAAAAAAAUUGAGUGGUGGUCAUACCAAAAACCAUAUUCCAAAGAAAAAUAUUGAAGAGGACCUACAACCUACAACGUCUUCACAUCAAAUUCUGACUGAAAAACACGAGUUGAUUUCUACAAAAAGAGCGGCCGCGAGAGAAAAUCUUCUACUGCAAGCAACAAAAAUGUUACAAACCUCACAAAAACAAUUUCCUCUUGCUCAAAUUGGUGAUAAUGUACGAAUACAAGUCCCUGAUGUCGACCGUGGUCGUACAGAUAGCCGAAAUGUGUUAGCGGUUGUUGUUGAAAUCCGACUUCUAUAA